AUGUCUCUCAAGUCCUUCAUCAAGUCGGUGCGCAACAGCAAGACAAUUGCGGCCGAGCGUGCUGCCAUUCGCAAAGAGAGUGCAAAGAUAAGAACAGCGUUCAGAGAUGUUCAUCUGGACAACGAUGCGCGUAGUUCCAACAUCUCCAAACUCCUUUACCUGUACAUUUUGGGCGAGCCAACGUAUUUCGGACAGGUUGAGUGUCUCAAGCUGCUUGCGUCGCCCAAGUUUGCGAACAAGCGACUGGGUUACCUUGCGACGAUGCUGAUUCUCGACGAAAACCAGGAAGUUUUGACUUUAUUGACUAAUUCUCUGGACAAUGACAUGAAGAGCACCAACCAGUACAUUGCCGGUUUGGCGUUGGUGACUUUGGGAAACAUCGCGUCUCCGGAACUUGCAAGAGACCUGUACAGCAACGUCAACACUUUGCUCCAGUCCCAGCACUCUUAUUUGCGUAAGAAGGCAGCCAUUGUUGCUGCUAAGCUUGUUGAUAAGGAUCCCGAUCUCAGCGAAAUCUUCCUCCCAAGAGUGGCCCCAUUGCUUUCCGAGAAGAGCCACGGUGUGGUUCUUGGUGCCUUGCAGCUGAUGCGCUCGAUCUACAACAACGACGAGAGUUCAAGAGAGACUUUGAAAGGGCAGAUCCCGCGUGUUUUGUCACACCUUCGUCUUUUAACCUCCACGGGACAUUCUCCCGAGUACGACGUCAAAGGUGUUCCGGACCCUUUCCUGUUUGUUUCUCUGUUGCACACUUUACGUUUGCUGUUGGCUAAUGACGACCACAACCCAAACUUGGAGCCGUUGAACGACUUGUUGACCCAGGUUUGUUCCAGGAUCGAUAGCGCAAAGGGUUCCGGUUACUCUGUUCUGUACGAGACGGUGCAGACAAUCUUCAUGGUGAACUCGGACUCGUCGCUCAAGGUGCUGGGUAUCAACAUUCUGAGCAAGUUCCUCACACAGAAAGAUAAUAAUACACGGUAUGUGGCCUUGAACACGCUGCUGAACGUGAUGAACUACGAGCCUCUGGCCGUUCAGCGGCACAGAGCCACCAUUGUGGGCUGUUUACAGGAUGGGGAUAUCUCGAUCCGGCGUAGAGCGUUGGAACUCACGUUUGCAAUCAUGAACCAGCAAAACGUUCGCAUCCUGACGAAGACUCUGCUUGACUUCUUGCAAACUGCAGACGACGAGUUGAAAGAGUACAUUACUACACAGCUCUGCAUCGCUUGCAACAAGUACAGACCGGACCUGAAAUGGCAUUUCGAGACUUUGAUUAGUUUGCUCAAGACUGCCGGCAACCAUUUCUCAAAAGACAUUCUGUCCAGCAUUCUUGCCCUGGUGAUGCAAAACACAGACGCAGAAUUGACGCGGUUCCUUGUUGUGGAGCUGAUCAGCUCGAGUCAGUCGGCAUACAACGAGUUUGCCCUGGCUUUGGUGACUACGUGGUGUAUUGGCGAGUACGCCGACCUGGUGUUGGGCCAGACCCACGGCGAAAAGACCAUAACUGAAGAGUCGCUCGUGAACCUGAUAGAAACAUACCUGAGCAUUUCCACGUUUGACCAGGCCGAUUUCACCCAGAUGAAAGUUUACGCGUUGACCGCACUGCUGAAAUUAUCUGCCAAACUCAAUUCUGCUACGUGCAUCGAGAGACUGAGAAAGCUGCUGAUCUCGUUCCAGUCCGACCUGAACUUGGAGAUCCAAACUAGAGCCAUUGAGUACUCGGAGAUCUUUGGCCAGCCAGCGUCCAUCAAAAGGGCCCUGCUCGAGAGAAUGCCUCCGCCACCGGUGAAACUGCACGAGGGAAUCCCACUGGUCAACAGGGCUGCAGCAUCGAAAUCGGCCAAAACGUCCGGAAACCAGCCUGCAACUUCUGGAGAUCUGUUGCUGGACUUACUGGGCGACGACGACCAGCCAGUCGCUGCUGCUGCCACGUCCGCAUCUACGUCUUCCAAGCCACAGGAGUCGACACUGGACUUGCUCUCGGACAUAUUUGGAUCUGCGCCUGCGCUUACGGAACAGCCGCAGCAUCAAACAGCAGAAGUUUUACCAACGCGCGAACCUGUGCCCGAAACAAUUGUUCCUGCAUUCAAGGAUGAAAACGUUUCAUUUGACAUUGUGGUGAAACAAAUUGGCCAGGGAAGCGCGAAUUUGGAAGGCCGCGUGAGCAACGUUGGUGCUACAGAGAUCACAAACAUCACCGUGCUGUGCGCUGUCACCAAGCAGCAGAAACUGCAGCUUUCGCAGAUCGGCAACAACACCCUUGCACCAGGAGCCACAUCGUCGCUGGGGAUCAAGAUUACAGGAGGCGUUGGAGCAAAGGUGAAAAUUAGAGUCAAGCUGGACUACACUGGCACCGAGCGGGGCUUUAAAGUUUUGGAUCAAUUCGAGCAACAAUUUAAAUUGCCUCGUUCCUAUGCCGUUCUUGGUGGCGGAGGUUUCUACCUUCUGCUCGUUUUCCUCAAUUUCGGAGGAAUUGGCCAAUUGCUGUCCAACUUGGCCGGAUUCGCCUACCCUGGUUACCUGUCUCUCAAGGCCUUAAAGACUAGCACCUCUACAGACGACACUAGACUGUUGACUUACUGGGUUGUUUUCGCGGCCUUGAACGUUGUGGAGUUCUGGUCCAAGGCUAUCCUCUACUGGAUCCCAUCAUACUUCUUGAUCAAGACCUUGUUCUUGCUCUAUCUGUCUGUUCCUUCGUACAAUGGAGCAGAACUCGUGUACAGCAGAGUCCUUCGUCCAUUGACCGACCGUUACAUCGGCGCCCAGGACCCAGCCGCAGAGCUCUUGAACAAGGUCCACGAGAAGGCUAACUAA